AUGAUUUAUCAGUCUGAGAACCCAGAGAUCCUUUUUUCGUCCAAGCAGACAGUAUGGUCUUGGCUGUUUGACUCCAAGACGUUCGCAUCUGGGGACAACGCUCCAGGCUUUACCGAUGCUAUCACCAAGAAGCAUAUUAGCUACGGGCUGCUGAGAGAUUAUGCGACUUCGUUGUCUUCAGUCCUUGUUGCUAAGUAUGGACUGAAACAGAACGACACGGUUAUUGUAUACGGCAGGAACUCGAUCUGGUGGCCUGUUGCUACUCUUGCUACUGUUCGCGUUGGCGGUGUAGCUUGCGGAGUUUCUCCAGACUACACCGUUGAUGAGCUUGCUUACAGCCUUAAGACUAGCAAGUCAAAGAUCAUGUUUGCUACUGUUGACAACAUCGACAAUGCUCAGGCCGCAGCCGCCAAGGUUGGAAUCCCUAAAGAGAAUGUUAUUCUGCUGGAGGGCUCUGCCAAGGGUUGUGCAAGCAUACAGACCCUCCUCGAAAAGUCACACAAUGUCGCAGAAGUGCCUGCAUUCCAAAUCCCCGCGGACAAAACCAAUGCCGAAGUUUGCACAUUCCUUUGCUUCAGCAGCGGUACCACCGGUCUUCCCAAAGCGGUCAUGAUAUCGCACGCCAACAUCAUUUCCCAAUGUCUUCAGGUGGCGGACCUCACGCUCGCUAGCCAUAGCAGAAUUCUGGCAGCCUUGCCUUUCUAUCACAUCACCGGCAUCGUACAUCAACUGCACUUUCCAAUCUUCCUCAACGCCAACGUCUACGUCUUGGCAAAGUUUACGCUCGACACGCUACUACAGACUGCGUCAGAGAACAAGAUCAAGGAACUUUUGCUUGUCCCACCUAUCAUAAUUCGACUGGUGCGAGACCCCAAGUUGGUGGCAAAGUAUGACUUGUCUCAUGUUCAACGCUUUUCGUCUGGAGCGGCGCCUUUGUCGCGAGAGAUCCUUACUUUGCUUGAGAAAGCCUUCCCCGGAACUGGGUUUAAGCAAGGUUACGGCAUGACUGAGUCAUGUUCCUGCAUUGUUGCCCAUCCGCCUGGAAAGUAUGCUUACAAGUAUGCUGACUGCGUGGGUACGCUGGUGGGAUCUACAGAACUUCGAAUUGUAGAUAUAGAAACCGGCAAGGACUGCGAGGUCAACAAGCCAGGUGAAAUUUGGGCUCGUGGGCCACAGAUGGCUAUGGGUUAUCUCGACAACCCCAAGGCAACACAGGAUACUUUUGACAAGGAUGGGUUCUUGCACACUGGCGACAUAGGAUAUAUCAACGAGGAGGGCUUUCUCGCUAUCACUGACAGACUAAAGGAGAUGAUCAAAGUCAAGGGAAUUGGCGUUGCUCCAGCCGAACUCGAGAACCUCCUUCAAGGACAACCUCAGGUUGACGAUGUCGCUGUCUGCGGUAUUCCUGAUGAGCGCGCUGGUGAGCGGCCCAAGGCCUUUGUGGUGCUUAAAGCGUCGCAUGCCUCAAGACCUGUUGAAGCAGCAAGGGAGAUUUUCGAAAACGUCAAGAAAGGAACAGCGCGACAUAAGUGGCUUGAGGAGAUUGAGAUUGUUUCUGCUAUACCGAAAAGUCCAGCGGGAAAGAUUCUCAGGCGCAAGCUGCAGGAUAAAUCUGUCAGUGACAGCAAGAAUGUCAUUGUUAAGGAUACUAGAGUUGUAGCAAAGCUUUAG